GCUUGCUAUGCACUGUUCUUGAGAUAAUUUGAAGGCCACAUGAAAUUUGAAGGUCCCACUCUUCUACUGACAAGUGGUAUCAUCAAACAGCGUCUUGGAACUGCUGCACUUGACAGUGUCCAUGAGUACCGUCUGUCCAGCUGGCUGGGCCAACAAGAAGACAUCCAUCGCAUAGUUCUUUACCAGACUGACUACACACUGACCCCGUGGACACAGAGGUGCAUCCGUCAGGCUGACUGCAUCAUUAUUGUGGGACUAGGAGAGCAGGACCCUACUGUAGGGGAGGUGAGGUGUUCACUGGUUCCCAGGAGAAGAGAGAGGUGUAUUACUAGGAACUGUUAG